CUUUGAGGAGUGUCCACGGUGAUGCGGCGAGCGUCGAUACACUUACGUGCGUAUUGCAGUCACUUUUCAAUGUUCAAAAUCGCAUAGAAAGAACAUGCCGAGCUUGCCUGCUGCUCGAUUCACCGGCGCCAUCUCCGUCUCCUGCGGUCCAUGAGCCCGACCACUGGACCACCAAUUUUCCCGAACUCCUUCUCUCGUCGUUCCGAUGCCCGCAUCCCCUCCGCCUCACAAUGACGCUCCAUCGUCCGAAGAGCCUUUGCAGGCCUUGCCAGCUGCUGCUGCGUUAGUCAAAUCGCCGCUACUGCGAUCCGUCUCUGGCCAAGACCCCCUCACAAUGUCCUCCUCGACCGAAUCGCUACCGUAUCGUCGCUCGAACCCAGUAGCUGCUUCCCUGUACGCUUCCACACUAUCACCACCUGGUUCGCGUUCCAUGUCGCCAGCGGGACGGGGCUCUCCAUCAAGGGUGCUAGCAGGCACAGUUUUCGAUGCGCCAUCAGGGCCCCUGCCAGAGGGCGCAGGCGAGAAGCCGGGGGAUCCGCUGAACUUGAUAGUCAAAGCCUUCGUGCCACACGUUGCCAUACAAGCUUCGAGCGACGUUCAGGAUCUUGCUAGAAGCAAAGGGUUCAAAAAUGGGCUUUGGGAACUUCUACGACCCUUCGGCGAGCGAAUACAGGGCAAGGUUGCGAUCAGGGAUAGCAACGGAGUCAGUAAGCUUGCAGAAGACUUCUCAGUACGAUUCACCAGGUUCGGUGCGGAUGUGGAGCACCCCGACGUUGGCUUUAAGCAACAAGCUUCGGGACAGGAAGAUCAGGGUAUGUCGAGAGACAAGAGAACGCUGGCCGCUGUAGAGGAAGUGGUUGAUCGCCAUCUGUCGUAUGCCGAGCAAUCUUUUCUCAACAUGCCACAGCACAGCCAGAGCACGACACAGGGGUUAGACAUUGAGACUACCAGCCCUUACUACGCCUUAUUCCUCAGACGGUUAUUAUCUGGCAUGCCAAUCGUGGCUCACGAGACCUUUGGACAUCCAGUGGCGUGCGUAGUCGCUGUAAGCGCACGGUCGGAUGACUCAGUGGGCGAGUUGCGCCAAAUUUACGAGACGAGCCAAGGGCCGAACAGACUUCCGCCAUGGGUGGACGGCGACUAUUUACGAUAUUAUGUCCUGGUACAUGACGAGGAAAACGACGAUAUCCAAAGAUCAAUGGCCCUGUUUGAACAGAUGAAGCGACAUCUGGGACUUCACUGCCAUUUGCUCAGACUUCGGAGCAGUCAAAGUGCGGAAACAGAUGACGACAGUAUUCCCCUACCGCGGAGUGAGUGGAUUUCGGCAACAGAAGAGCUGGCUGAAAUCAAGAAGAGCGAAGAUGAGGAAGACGAUUUCGAGGAUCCAACCAGGCACAUUUUCGAGUCAGAUGCGACUGCGAUACGAACAUUCAUUAGGGAAAUGGUCACACAGUCUAUUGUACCAACAAUGGAACGCCACGUCUCGAUAUGGAAUGACCAGAUUGCAUCGCGUAGACGUGGUUUCGCCGGUCGGUUCAUGAAUCUGUCACGCAAAUUCAACUUUGGAGGAGGAGGCAGGUCUUCUACUGGCAGCAGCGGUAUGGGCAAGGACAACUACGACGCUGCAGGUUUCUUCCGCGCAGAUGCACCCGAGGCAAUCAUGCGCAAGCUUGCCGACUACGCAUUCAUGUUGAGAGACUUCAAGCUAGCCCACUCGACGUAUGAGCUGCUGCGAACAGACUUUGCCGACUCGAAAGCGUGGAAGCAUCACGCCGCUACGAACGAGAUGGCUGCGAUCAGCCUCUUGAUACAAACGCAGCAGAUUACCUCGAAGACACGGGCAGAGACGAUCGAUCAGAUGCUCGAAUCUGCCUUUUACUCCUACCAUACCCGGUGCAGCGCGCCAUUCGGGGCGAUGCGUAGUUUGACGCUAUGUCUGGAGCUGCUGCGACUUAGGGGUGGCACCAGUGUUGAUGAUGCGAGCCGAUGGGGCAUUCGAUUGCUCGAGUCCCGUAUUCUUGGACCUGUCGGCGAUGCCCUCAUCAAGGAGCGCCUAGCGAUUUGCCAUGCCUCUAAAGAAGGAGUCGGAAGUUGGCACUGGGGAGCCCGCUAUCGUAAGUCUGCCGCAUGGAGUGUUCUCGCAGCAGACGCAUGGAUGCAGCACGAGCGCUACCUCCCGGCUCAACGGUGCUUGAAUGAGGCGCGGAAAACAUAUGCCGCUCUGCCUACGAAACACGGUAUCUCAAAAUUUGAAUCCGCGCAUGGCUUCAUAGAGUCUCUGGAAAGGGCCCUGUCGGAUAAGCUGGAUCACACAGGCGAGGCGAGCAAGGACAUAGACGAGGAAAGUGAGGCUUUGAUGGAUUCAAGGCCUCGCAGGUCAAGUGGUGCGAGGAGGACCAGCGUUAUCGAGACAGCACCACUACAUAAAGAAGACUGAGUAUGGUCGUUCUAGAUUUUCUAGUAUAUAUUACACUACAUAAGCUUCACAGACAGCGUGAAGGCUG